AAAAAAUGUUUUGGCACUUUCUGGGUUGUGUACGUGUAUGGCUAGGCUGCUGGCAUCCUCCAAUGGGCCUUCUUUCGUUGUCCUGUCGAAAGUGAUUGUGCUAGCUACUUAAAAGAAUGGCAGCUAGAGCAAGCAGCUAAGUCUCAGCAGCACAGGCCAGACCUUAAAGAAGCAAGAACAAAGCCGAGUCCAAAUUCCUUCAGCAAUGUUUGCACCGGUUGCAGUAGCAUUGGCCGUGGGUCUUCUGGGGUGGGCUUAUAAGGCACUGAAACCUCCGCCUCCAAAAAUAUGUGGAUCACCAGAUGGUCCUCGUGUCACUUCAGCUAGAGUGAAACUCAGUGAUGGAAGGCAUUUGGCCUACAGGGAGUCUGGAGUUCAAAAAGAAGAGGCAAAGUACAAGAUCAUUUUCAUUCAUGGCUACAACAGCUCAAAAGAUCUGGAUCUACCUGUUCCGCAAGAACUUAUAAAGGAGCUGAAGAUAUAUUUCCUUUUCUUCGACAGAGCGGGUUAUGGAGACAGUGAUCCAUAUCCUUCACGCUCAGUGAAGAGUGAAGCAUUUGAUAUUCAAGAACUAGCUGAUCUGCUGCAGAUUGGAUCAAAAUUUUAUGUAAUUGGAGCCUCGAUGGGAGGCUAUGCUGUUUGGAGUUGCCUGAAAUACAUACCACACAGGUUGUUGGGAGCUUCCCUGCUUUCUCCUUUUGUGCACUACUGGUGGCCACGCGUACCUGCCAAUCUUUCAAAAGAGGGAUUUAGGAGGUUGCGUCCAUCAUACCAAUGGUCAUUUCGAAUUGCACACUACACUCCGUGGUUAUUCUAUUGGUGGAUGACUCAGAAAUGGUUCCCUACGUUGAGCACGGAGGGUGCAGCAAUGUUCAAUGACCACGAUAUUGAGAUCUUGAAGAGGUUGUCAGAAGCCCCAAGCGGUGGCCAGGAAAAGAUAACGCAGCAAGGUGAGUAUGAGUCGUUGCACCGAGACAUAAUAGUUGGCUAUGCCAGUUGGGAAUUUGAUCCUACUGACAUAACCAAUCCAUUCCCUGAAAACGAUGUCUCCGUUCACAUUUGGCAAGCCAAAGGAGACAGGGUCAUUCCCUUUCAGAUUAACAGUUAUCUUUCAGAGAAGCUUCCAUGGAUUCAUUAUCACGAGGUUCCUGAAGGAGGGCAUUUAAUUUUCUUCAGGAGCGAUAUAUGUGAGGCCGUUAUAAGAUCACUUUUGCUUGGAUGAAGUACCCCUAAAAGUAAAACCUUUGAUGUUCAGCACAUAGAUCUUGCUUUGGUGCUGCGUUGGUGAUAAUGUAAAUGGAGAAAUUUUAUUCUUGUGGAGUCAUGCUACUAAUCAGAAGAAAAUAAAGCAUCUUAGUUUAAAAGUA